UGCAUGUCAAGAACCUAAAACCUCAGCUGCGAGCAACAUCAGCCCUGUGACAGCCCUAUCAGAGCCCUAUCCCAACCACAUGCGGCCCUGAGGACCGAAGUCAAUACUACUUCAACUACGCUAUCAGACGCCACAACGAGCUUGCCCAGUCUCCAACAAUCUACAGCCCAUUUACUGAUUUCAAUUGGCUAUUUGCUAUUCGCGAUCACAUUUUUGGAUCUAUCAGUCUAGACCAAGCUACCAGAAUGACCUCAACACCAUUGCCUGAGCACCUGAACUUCAUCACGGGCAACAAGAACAAGCUCGCAGAAGUCCAAGCUAUCCUCGAAGGCGUCAUUGAGCUGCGAAACCAGAAUGUCGACCUCGUCGAGAUCCAGGGUACCGUCGAAGAGGUCACACUAGACAAGGCACGACGAGCAGCAGAAGCAAUCGGAGGCCCUGUGCUUGUAGAAGACACAUGUCUCUGCUUCAAAGCCAUGAACGACCUUCCUGGGCCAUACAUCAAAUGGUUCAUGCUCUCCCUCGGCCCCCUCGAACUGCACAAGAUGCUGGCCGGCUUCGACGAUAAGUCCGCACAGGCCGUGUGCACAUUCGGGUACUGCGCAGGACCUGGCCACGAGCCGAUUACGUUCCAGGGGCGUACGGAUGGCAAACUGGUGCCGAGUCGAGGACCUACAUACGCAGUUCUCGUUUCAAGUUUCUCCCUCUUCAUCACAUCCUUAUUCCUCGCCCGCAUGGUCCUUUUUCCAAUUCUCAACCCACUGCUCAAUCCUUUCCAGAUUCCCCUCGACAUCAUCCGCACUAUCGCUCCUCAGCUCGACGACAAUCUCCUCUUUAUACGCCUCCCGCGCCUCGUCAAGCAGGACCUGCAUGAUCUCACUGUCCAUGUUCUCGUCAAGCUUCUUCUCCUUGUAUCCUCUCGCAGUAAGGCGGUCGUAAAGGAUGGUCGAGUCGCAACGCAGGACAACGACGAGAUCGAUCCAGCGUUCGGGGAACAGGUCGCAGGCGUGCCAGUCGAGGAUGCAGCCGCCCUGCUCGGAGAUGUGGUGUUCUUCGAGGUAGUCUAGGAGCUUAUCCUCGUCCACGAUCCAGCUGCCAGUCUCCUCAUCCUUGCCCUCAUGAAACCCCUCAUCCUUAACAAUCUGAUUAACAGAGACGUGUUUGAGUUCCGUCGCGCUCGCCAGCUGCUCG